GAAUAUCGCAACUUCCAGAAGAAUCUCAUCCAACGCAGCAAGGAGGAGUUCGGGGUAACCCUCAACUAUUCUCUGAAGAACCUGAUUGCAGGAUGUUUCUAUGAUGGAGUCCUGCUGUAUGCCCAUGCUUUGAAUGAGACACUGCAGGAAGGUGGAUCGCAAAAAGACGGGAUUCGGAUAGUACAGAAGAUCCAGGAUCGCACCAUGCAGGGUAUCACUGGCACGGUCAGCAUGGACAAGACCAAUGACCGCAACACGGACUUUGACCUCUGGGCGAUGGCUGACCAUGACAGCGGCCAUUUUCAGAUCGUUGGUCAUUAUGAUGGGAUAACAAAACAGAUUAACUGGACCGGGACCCCCAUCCUGUGGCUGAAGGGGGCC